CUGAAGGCCACGUCUUGAAUAAAGCUGAUCUGGGAGCAGUCAGACUCUGAAGCUGGACCAGACCACGGCGACACCAUGAAGCUGCUGAUACUCAACCUCUGGACUCUGCUGGUAUGCUGCAGUGCAUUGUGGGUGUCCUUCUCAAAGGAACAAGCUCCUCCGCCUUCCUGUAACGCCACACUGGAGUUCUCCACUGAGUUGUUGUCCUUGUCUGAAGGAAACAGGAACAUCCACCGCAGGUCUCUGUCCCCGUGGACCUGGAGAUCCACCACAGUGAAGGACCAGAUCCCCAUGACCCUCUGGGAGGCUGAGUGCAGCAGUACGUUCUGUUCCAGUCCAACAAUGGGACAAAGCAACAGCCCCGGCCUGAAUUCUGUCCCAGUUUACCAGAACAUCCUGGUUCUGCAUCGGAAGAGUGGCAGCCACUGCUACACAGCUUCAUACCGCUCUGUGGCGGUUGGCUGUACCUGCGUCCAGGCCAAGAUCAACCAGCAAGAUCUAGAACCUGCACCUGAAAUCUGAACCAGAACCAGACCUGAAGCUGCUGAAAAGACAAUAAAUCUGAAAGACAACUGUUGAUCUGAUUCUGUUUGUCGAGUUUUAUUGGAACAUUCAGAGAAUCUGUUGGAGCUCCGAAGUGAAGGAAAAUAAAUCAGUUCCUUUCUGAGACAGAAAGUAGUUUUUGAUGGAAUAUCUUUAUAUCAACAUUUUAUCGUUUAUUAAGAGAACAGAUUAUCUCGUGAAAUUAAACUAGAUUAUCCAUAAAACUUUAACCAGAUCGCCUAACAAAAUUAGAUCAUUUUAUUUAACCUAAUUAGAUAAUUUGGUCUAAAUUCAUCAGACUAGAUUAUCCAUUAAAGGUAAUAAAAACAGGAUUAUCUAGUGAAAUUAAAACA